CAGACAGAUGGCCUGGUUUGGAUGGCUCUUUUAGGCACGUUACGCGUCUUUAUUCCCGGUGUGUCCACGUUCAGACUCCUCGGUACUGUCAAGAUGGACGAUAUGGGUCACGCAGUAAGUCGUUCCCCACUGGAGCGCCUCGAGUUUGACAACGCAGCCCUGAGGAAACUUCCCCUGGACCCAUCCGAGGAGCCGGGAGUCCGCCAGGUCAAAGGUGCUUGUUUCUCUCGGGUGAAGCCUCAGCCGCUGAGCAACGUUCGGUUCGUUGCCGUGUCGCCCGAAGCUCUGGCUCUGCUGGGGCUCCGCGCAGACGAGGUCUUGAAGGAUCCACUGGGGCCCGAGUAUCUCAGCGGAUCCAAGGUUCUGCCUGGAUCCGAACCUGCGGCGCACUGCUACUGCGGGCACCAGUUCGGUCAUUUUGCCGGGCAGCUGGGAGACGGGGCGGCCUGCUACCUGGGGGAGGUAAAGGCUCCACCGGGUCAAGAGCCCGAGCUGCUCCGGGAAAACCCGAGCGGUCGAUGGGAGAUUCAGGUGAAAGGAGCUGGACUGACCCCCUUCUCCAGACAAGCUGAUGGUCGUAAGGUCCUGCGGUCCAGUAUAAGAGAGUUCCUCUGCAGCGAGGCGAUGUUCUUCCUCGGUGUGCCCACCACCAGAGCAGGCUCCGUGGUGACCUCUGACAGCAGAGUUAUACGGGACGUGAAUUACAGCGGACAUCCUCAGCUUGAGAGAUGCUCAGUUGUUCUUCGCAUUGCUCCCACCUUCCUCAGAUUUGGGUCCUUUGAGAUCUUCAAGCCGGCUGAUGAGUUGACAGGGCGGCAAGGUCCCAGCUAUGGACGGGAUGAGAUCCGAGCUCAGAUGUUGGAUUAUGUCAUAGAGAUGUUCUACCCUGAAAUCCAUCAGAACUAUCCAGACAAAGUGGAGCGAAACAUAGCUUUCUUCAGAGAGGUGAUGUAUCGCACGGCCCGGCUCGUGGCUCAGUGGCAGUGUGUAGGAUUCUGUCACGGAGUUCUGAACACCGACAACAUGAGCGUCCUGGGUCUUACCCUGGACUAUGGUCCUUACGGCUUCAUGGACAGGUUUGACCCGGACUUCGUUUGCAAUGCGUCCGACAACUCUGGCCGCUACUCCUACCAGGCCCAGCCGGCCAUCUGCAGGUGGAACCUGGUGAAGCUAGCUGAGGCUCUUGCUCCAGAACUUCCGCCAGAUCGGGCCGAGGCCGUAAUGAACGAAUACAUGGACUUGUUCAACCGCUUCUACUUGGAGAACAUGAGGAAGAAGCUGGGCUUACUGACAAAGGAGGAACCUGAAGAUGAGAUACUGAUCACUCAGCUGCUGCAGACGAUGCACAACACGGGUGCUGACUUCACCAACACCUUCAGAAGCUUAAGUCAAAUUUCCUGUUCAUCUGUGGAAGAAGCUGAAGGACACGGGGAGCUUAAGAAAACCACAGACCUUCUGUUGGAGCAGUGUGCCUCUUUAGAGGAGCUUAAAGCAGCCAACAAACCCACUAUUGAUCCACGGGAGCUUUCAGUGCUGCUCUCUAUGGCUCAGAGCAGCCCGGCCCUGUUCCAGAUGAUUUCAGACAGAGCCACGAUGGCCAGACAUUUGGACAAACUCGGCAAACUGAAGGAACUGAUGGAGACGAGUCAGGAGGAGCUGAAAACCAAGCAAGCUGAGGAGUGGAGCUCCUGGAUCAUACACUACAGGAAACGUCUGGCUCGUGAGCUGGAGGGUCAGAGCGACGUGCAGGCUCUGCAGGAGGAGAGGGUGAAGGUGAUGGACGGCACAAACCCUCGCGUGGUGCUCAGGAACUACAUUGCCCAGAAUGCAAUAGAGGCUGCUGAGAAGGGUGACUUUUCUGAGGUUCAACGGGUCCUCAAGGUUCUGCAGAAACCCUUCUCCUCUCAGCCAGGCCUGGAGCUUCCUGCGUGGGUGGGAGGACAUGAGACCACCACACAGGGAGAGAGGGACGAAGGAGAGGAGCAACAGCACGGAGCGUCUGCAGCAGGAGCCAGAAUCCAAGUGCCUUAUGACAGCAAGCCCCCAGCGUGGGCACAAGAACUCUGCGUUACAUGAUCUUCAUAACAGCUUUCUUGAUCGUUUGCUGUCCUGCCUGAAGAAACUAAAAAGUUGGACACUGUCUGAUUAUUUUAAGUCCAUGUCCAACUUUGAGUUCCUUUUUGGCAGGGCAGCAACAAGAAAGCCUGCAGAGGAGUGACACUUCAAAGGCGAGCACGAUGACACAGAACAGACGGGAGGUGAUAAGUGAUCUUCCACUGCUUUGGGGUUUUAACUUUGAACCCAACGAGUCAAAGGACUUUGAUGU